AAUCACGACGAAUGUCGCGUUAUUUUCAUUAGUUUUUGUGUUGUAAUGUAAAAUAUAUUUAAACGAUGCGUUUUACUUCUGUAACAAGUUUAUUUUCGUGAAGUUAACUCAUUUUGCGUCCGUCGCAAUCGUAUGCGAUGGACGUACCGGAUGAGGGUGUCCUGGAUGUAGAACUCCUCGGUGACGACGGCUCGGAGGAUGAAGGCGAAGCCCCGCCGUCUUCAGAUUUCUACGCAGGGCCGGGGUCGACGCCGACCUCGUGCGCUUCGUCGCCGCGCGGCGAGGAACCGGCGUCGCCGCACGGCGGGGUGCCGCAGCCGUCGUUCUUCCACCACCAGCCCUACGCGAGGCCCUUCUUCACGUCGGCCCGCCGGGGGCCCGGCAGGCCGCGCAAGGAAGGCCCCAAGUUGGUCAAAGAGGGCAAGAUUGUUAGGAGGUAUAGAAACCCUGGCUCUGUGAGAGGGGCGAAGAGACACCGCGGCAGCCGCGACGAUGUUCUCGAGGAAGGGAUGGAAGAGGACGACUUUACCAUGCCAGCUCCGGAAGAACCGCCUUUUAUGCCUGAAAAAUGGCCAGGGAAAGUGUGCGCUCUUUGCAACCUUAGCGAGCGCAGUCAGCUGGGCCAAGGCGAAAUGAGGCAGAUUCUGUGCAACAUCAAUGAAGGAGAUGGAAGCACCACGCCAGGAGUGUCCAACUCUGGGGGCGCGACCCCCACCAGCGCGGUGACCCCCACGAGCACCCCGUCCACCCCAGUGCCCCCCGGCCUGGCCUCCCCGCCCCCGGAACUUGUAGAUCCUACCCAACAACCGGCAGCACUACCUUUAAGCAGACGGCAGAAGGCUUUCGCCAAAUGCAAAACACCUCUAUACAACAUGGAGCAUACUGACGAACUGUCAAUAAUUGGACAUGUAGAAUCAUUAGAAUUAGCAGGGGUAGUGUCCUCCGGGGCUUUCUACCUGCACCGAUGCUGCCUUGAGUUCAGCCCGCCCUUCCACGACCAAGUGGUCGCCAACGCUGACGAAGAUAAAGAUCAGUUGGAGGAGGCCCGGGUCAAGGGCAUAGUCACUGCUGCCUUGUCGAGGAAAUGUGCCUUUUGUACGCGACAUGGUGCUAGUAUUCCUUGUAAGAUGAGUUGCAGUAAGUACUUCCACCUACCGUGUGUUCUCGCGUCUGGGGGUUACAUGGACUUCCAGACGAAAUCUUCUUUCUGCAAGGACCAUUUGUAUCAAGUGCCACUUGUUUGUCCCGCUGAUAUCGACUGCAGGACGUGUAGGACGAUCGGCGAUAUAGCCAACCUCAUGACAUGCGUGACGUGUGGCGCGCACUAUCACGGGACUUGCGUCGGCUUAGCCCAGUUGCCAGGGGUGCGUUCCGGCUGGUCUUGCCGCAUGUGCCGCGUGUGCCAGGUGUGCCGCGGCGAGGCGUCUCCAGCGGACGCGCGCGCCGUGGCCUGCGAGCACUGCGACAAGCUCUACCACGCGCUGUGUCUGCGCCCCGUUAUGGCCACUGUGCCUAAAUAUGGCUGGAAGUGCAAGCUUACGAGCUCUGCGACAAGUUACCACGCGCUGUGUCUGCGCCCCGUUAUGGCCACUGUGCCUAAAUAUGGCUGGAAGUGCAAGUGCUGCCGCGUGUGUUCCGACUGCGGCGCGCGCUCGCCCGGCGCGGGCCCGUCGUCGCGCUGGCACGCGCACUACACGGUCUGCGACUCGUGCUACCAGCAGCGCAACAAGGGCUCCUGCUGCCCGCUCUGCCGCCGCGCCUACCGCGCCGCCGCCUACCGCGAUAUGAUCCGCUGCAUCACUUGCAAGAGGUAUGUCCACGGAACGUGUGACCCCGAAGCGGAACCGCAGCAACACAAGCUCAAGAAGGAUCAAAAUCCUCUGUAUGAAUACAACUGUCCAAUAUGCAAAACUCAUCUGCCUCUGCCGAGUGUCAAAUCCGGAUCCUUUGACGACGACACUGCAGCGUCGACAUCCCAAGACUCCUCAUUUGGGGAUGAAAAUUCGCAGCAAGAAACGGAUCCCCUUGCUAUUGAACCUAAACCGGACGUGGGUCUAGGAAAAGGCAAGCCUUUUUCAGUGUCCUCAAAGAUAGCUAAGAAGAAAAUUGGUGGUUACAAGUUGAAGGGUGGGUUCCCUCCCGCGGGCAAGCUCGGGUUCCAGAAGCGACAGCGCUCGGUGCUCGAUUUUGGCCGGAAGAGGGGAUCCAAGCCUAAAAUGAGGGGGGUGUUUGGAGUGCCUGGCCUGGGGCUGCAAAGGCCGCAGGCGCCUGACAAUAAGACUUCUGAAGACGAUCCAGCAAUGGAGAACAAACUGGUGCUCUGUUCGAGCAAAGACAAGUUCGUGCUGACGCAAGACGUGUGCGUGAUGUGCGGCGCCGUCGGAACCGACUCCGAGGGCUGCCUCAUUGCGUGCGCGCAGUGCGGACAGACGUAUCAUCCUUACUGCGUUAACAUUAAGGUGUCCCAAGUGAUAGUGACGUUGGGCUGGCGCUGCCUCGACUGCACGGUGUGCGAGGGCUGCGGCAGCCGCGGCGACGACAACCUGCUGCUGCUGUGCGACGACUGCGACACCACGUGGCACACCUACUGCGCGCGCCCGCCGCUCGCCGACGUGCCGCGCGGCCCGUGGCGCUGCGAGCGCUGCCGCCGCUGCCUCGUGUGCGGCACCCGCGACACGCUGGCCUGGUGCGACAACUACACGGAGUGUGCCCCGUGCGCGUCUCUGGUGAUGUGCUGCGUGUGCUCGGAGCCGUACUCGGACGGCGAGCUGAUCAUCCAGUGCGAGGCCUGCAACCGCUGGCUGCACGCCUCCUGCGACUCCAUCCGCAGCGAGGGCGACGCCGAGACGUGCUGCCGAGCAGGGUACAAGUGCAUAGUAUGCCGCGGGCGCGAAUUACCGCCGCCGCACUUAACCCGCGCCAUCGAAUCGGCGCCCGUGCCGGCGCCGCCGCCGCCGCGCCCCCCACCUCGCCCUGCCCUAGCCCUCGGCUUGGGCGGCGAGUAUUACGUCGACGACGUCUGCUUGUCCCAACACGGCGCACACUAUAUGAAGCAACUAGAAGCUGACUUGGGAAUAACCCAUACGAGGAGGAAGAGGCGAUUCAAGAAUGACAACGCUGAGAAAGACGCAGUGGUUCAGAACGCCGACGUCGAGAUGACUGACGACUCGAAGCCAGACAGCACUGCGGAAGUUAAAGAGGAACCUGGUAUACCAUCAAGCGCCAGCCUGAAAGAGGGUAUAAUCUGGAACGUUGCGACCGACGGCCCGCCCCCAGAGGGCUUCACGAUAUGCACCAACGACGCCGGCCUUACUAUCCUGCGACGGAAACGCCAGAGAAACCUCAACAAGCUGGGGAUCGGGGGUUUUGUGGUGCGAAUGAGACAGGCGACGUUGAAAGCGCAAGCCGAGGAUGAGAAGGAGGGAGACGGCACGCAAGGAGAGUCGCCGGGCAAUAAACGCAAACCACGAAGAAAGCCACGAUCAAAACUGAUGGAGCAGUUUCCUUCAUACAUGCAAGAAGCGUUUUUUGGGAAAGAGCUUUUGGAACCCAGCAAGCCUACAGUCACGUCUACAGGUAACCCAUCUGAAAGUCCCGGAGGAUCGGUGCGCGGUGGCACUCCAGAGGGAUACCGUGAACUUCGGGACUUCAAACUGGAUCUAGAAAACUCUGAUUCCGAUGAGGAAGACUUUGUUUCUAUGCUGAAUGCUGUGAAUGACUUGGACCAGUCGGUUGUCAUUAUGCUAAAUGCGGAUGAAAUCGAGCUCCUCAACUCUCUCAAACCAAAAGAAGAAAAGGACGACUCAACCGCCACCAACUCAGACGGCACAGUCAAGAUCAAGACUGAGACUGAAGACGGGAACCUAAAGCAUACGGAAGACUCGACAGCGUUGAAGAACGCUAUACUUGGCCCUCAGCCAGAAGAAGCGCCCGCGCCGCCUGAGGCGAUACCCGCCGUGCAUACUACGAAGACUGAGCCUGUUAGCAGCGAAACGGGCGGGUCAUCGCAAGCGUCCACCAUAUCUCCCAAAGAUGACCUACUGCUCGGCGUGAACCUAGACGCCAUGGUGCGGGAUUCGCUUCCCGAUAUGGACAGCAACGACGUCGACGAGAUAUUCAAGGGCGUGCUCACUGAUGACUCGCAGGAGUCCCAGGAGUCGUCAGUAUCGUACGUGAACUCGAUGGCGGGCACGCCGUACUCGCAGCAGCGGCAGCAGUUGCAGAGCCCUAUGGAGUACGCCUCGCCUUACCAUCACACUGAAUUUGGAAGCAGCAACAGCGCCCUAAGCCCGCUAUUCUCGGAGGGCGCGGGCGCGGCUACGCCCGGGAGCGCCACGCCGGGCACGCCGGGGCCCGCCGCCUGGCCCGAGCAGCCGCCCGCGCCGCCGCCGUCCUACAACCAGCGGAGCGCCGAUAAGAUGCGCGCUGACGAGAGCUUAGGGUCAGCGGCGACAAUAUCUGCCGUUCUAUACGCCAACACCAACCACCCGGAAUGGAAAACCGAGUUCCCCAACUGGGUGGACCGCUGCAAGCAAAUCUUGAAGAAGUGGCGCGCGUUGCCUUCAGAGCAAAAAGCACCUUAUCUCCAGCGCGCUAGAGACAACCGCAGCGCGAUCCGCAUGAAGAAAGCCCAGCAGGAGCAGGAGCGAACUUGCGGGCAGCAGCGCAGCGCGCGCGAGGCCGAGCAGGAGCGCCAGUGGAAGCACUUGCAGCAGCAGCGCCAGCAGCAGACGCAGCAGCAGCAGCAGAUCAUCCACGACCAGCGGAUGCACGCUAUUCAGAGGCUACGAGCGCCGGACGGCAGCGUGUCGCCAGCAGCAGCAGGGCCCGGGGCCCCGCCCACGCCAGGUGGGGCGUCCCCUGCGGGCCCCGGCGCGCCCCCCGGGCCCACGGCUGAGGCGCCGAGAAGUGCCUUCCCCGCGCAACGCUUCCCGCUACACUACACCAACAAUGAAGACAUCAAUAGACAACUUAGGGACUUGCUGCAGCGGCAUCCGGACAAGAUGUGGCCGCCGCAAGCUAACAACGAAGAAGGUUCAAUACAAGGCAUUAAUGUAGAAGGACAACCGUUUAGGCAUCCUCUGCCAGUAGGCUUACGCCCAAGAACACCUUUGCAACCUGGACAAAGGCCGGACCAUCAGAUACUAAUGCAACAACGCUUAGUGGCAGCGGAUAACGCCCAAAUGCAACAGAAUGCCGCGAACGCAGCUGCGCAGCAGCAAAUGGAACAGAACAAACAGAAUGUCAUGUCACAGCAAGGAGGUCAAGGAGGCGAGACCAAACAAGAAUCCAAUCAAGACCAAGGGACUGACGAAAUGGAUAUGGGAGACAUGGAUAAACUGGAACAGGAUACUGGGAAUAUUGGCGAAGUGGACAUCCUAACGGGUCUAGGGGGUGAGGAUGAUGAGGAACUCUUAGAGUCGCUGACGGCGGAAAUCGGCGAGCAGUUCAACAUCUUGGAGUACGCUGAUCCCGAGCUGGCAGCGCUCAAUGAUGCGGAACACAUCCUGGAUGGCCUGGAGUUGGCUGAGGAUGGAAUGGCGGAGAGGCACGCCAAGAUACAUCCAGAGGAUGAUAUGGACCAGAAGCCGGACACAAAAAUGGAUACGGAACUCCAAAAAGCAGUCAAAAACAUUGAAGCCACGAAGGAGGUGAAAUCGGAAUUGGAGGACGUGAAACAAGAGGGCGAAGUGAAAGUCGAGGGCGGUCCGCAGCAAACUGUCACGCAGAUGUUCUCCGACGGCGUACAGAGGAUCAUUAGCACUAAUCAGCAGAUGGCGCUACAGUCGGCAAUGCAGGCGAUCAAGGCGGAGGUGAAACUCGAAGGCGAAGACAAAAACGAAGCGCUGCGAAACGCCGUGCAAUCGCCGCAGCGGCCCCCGCAGCAAAUGUUUGCGCAGCAGCGGAUCAAGAUACCUGUGCAGUGGGCGCAAUACGGGCAGCAGCAGCAGCAGCAGCAGCUUGGUCAGCAAACGCAGCCAGUGCAGCGGCCUCAGGUGCAGUUCACCGCGCAGCACCCCAUGCACUUCCAGGGUGGCGCAAACUCAGCGCACACGCAGAGCAUAGUAAACGCUAUGACCGCUCAAGUGAACGCGGCGCUAGCGGCCGGCCGCACCAUCCAGCCGGGCACCCGCCUCGUCGGCCUCGACGGCGCCGUGGGCGUCGUGAGGCAGGACCGCACCGUCGCGCUCGCUACGCUGCCGCACUCUGCUAACGUGGGCGUGAACGUGGGCGUGGCCGGCCGCGCCCCGCCCCCGCCGCCCUACCCCGGGACCCUCCGCGCGCCCGCGCCGCCCGCCCAGCCGCCGCCGCCCUACCCGCAGGAGCAACCGUUGCUUCUGGAGGAGCUCCUGGAGCAGGAGAAGCGGGAGCAGGAGCGCGAGGGCGGCGAGUGGGGCGCGCCGGCGCCGCCGCCCGCGCCCGCCGCGCCGCCGGCGCCGACGCUGCCGCUGUACGCCGCGCCGCCGCCGGCCGCGCCGCCACCGCCGCCCGACCGGCCGCUCUCCGACGCCGACCACCACGCGCGCCUCCUCUACGAGCAGUGGCUCAAACGCUUCGCCGCCUACGCCGCCGACCAGCAGACCUACUACGAGGUCGAGGUCCAGAAGCUCCGCAAGAUGCGCAAGUCGCUGAACAGUAAGCAGCGGCAGCUGCGCAAGUCGGGCAACGAGCUGCAGCCCAACGACGCGGCUGAGCUGCAGCGCGUGUCUACGGAGCAGCAGGCGCUGCAGAAGCACCUGGACGCCGCGCGCAAGCAGGCGCGGCAACACACCAUGCUGAUACAGGAAUAUGAGACAAAGCAGAGGCAACAAAAUCCGCAGUUAGCUCAACAAAACGUGAUGAAUCAGCAACAGAUUUCGUCGAACCAGACGGUGUUCGCACAAAACCAAAACAUGGGACAAGGACAGCAAAUGCAGCAGCAGACGAUUAACAGACCGAUGCAGCUGGGACUGCAGGGGUCUUUGCAACAGCAACAGACUUUGAUCCGAACUCAGCAAACAGUUUUGAACUCCGACGGCCAACCGAUGACACAGCAGAGGAUAGGAUUGGUCACGUCGCCACUCAAUACCCAAGGAAGGAUUUUACAAAGCGGGCGGACAUUGGUCAUAGAGCAGACCGGGGCUCCUCAGCAGCAGCUAGUGAGGCAGUUAGGCGUGCAAGAGAGACCGCAGUCUGUCGGCGGCAUAGUUCAAUUCGGUCAGCAGCAGAUAACCGGAGUUAGAAAUGCGAUGCAAGCGGGAAAUCAAACGCCGCGGCCGCCGGGAGCGCGACCCGCGAUGUCUCCGCUACACGUGCAAUCGCCGCAUUCUCAGUCGCCGCAUCAUCCUCUUGCGCCGCAGUCGCCAUUGCACCAUCUGACGUCGCCAAUGCAGUCGCCGCUGCACUCGGCGCAGUCGCCGCUGCACUCGCAGCAGUCGCCGUUGCACGCGCAACAGUCGCCGCUCCACUCCCAGUCUAACGUGCCGCAGUCGCCAAUGCAUCCUCAGCAGUCGCCUCUACACCCGCAACAAUCGCCUAUGCAUCCGCAGCAGUCGCCGAUGCACCAGAGCCCGAUGCAUCCGCAACAAAGUCCGAUGCAUCAGCAGGGCCAAAUGUCAACGCAGCACUCGCCGAUGCACCCGCAACAAUCGCCGAUGCAUUCGCAACAGUCGCCGAUGCACUCGCAGCAGUCUCCGAUGCAUAUGCAGCAGAGCCCGAUGCACACGCAACAGAGCCCGAUGCAGUCGUCGAUGUCGCCGCAACAUUUCCUGCAACAAUUCCAAGCGCAGAGGACUAGUCCGCAGUUGCCUACUCCCAGUAGGAGUCCACAGAUUUAUCAACAGUCACAAAUCCAAAGUCCUGUAGCGUCGCACUCGCCUCAAUUACAAAACCAGAGUGACUACGCAACGGGUAGGUUCCCUCGGCCGGCACCUGGAUGCUCGCCCCUGCCGACGCGGUUCGCCAGGCCGCCGCAUCAUCAGCAAGGAAUGAGGGUGGGCGUGCCUUUUGGCAGCCGCCAGCAAACGUCUCCACUCGGCAGUCCGCAGCCAUUGCCGUCACCCGGCAACCCGGCUUCCGAGAUUGCGCGUCAGCAAAUGCUCCAACGCCAGCAAUACAGCCCUAUGGGCGGGGCGCCAUCUUCCCCGUCGCUCUCGCGCUCGCCGCACGUGGCCCGCACGCCCACGCCGCACGCCUCGCCCGCCGCCUCGCCCGCGCCGCACCACGAGCACGGCGGCGGUCCGCACCACGCCGCGCCCUUCCCGCCCGGCUACCGGUAUACCAAGCCUGGGUUGAUGGGCGGCGCGCCUGUCUGGCCUGCUAAGGACCGCCCGCAUCACCUGGCCAAGGUGUCGAUCCUAAAGCGGCGAACGCCGCCGCGGCCGCGUCUGUCGGCGGCGCCGCUGGCCCCGGCGGCGGGCGCGGAGGACUACGUGCUGUACUCGCAGGACGGCGAGUUCCGCGACGACGCGCUGGCGCCGCUGGACGACGACGACAUCGUGCUGGUGGAGCCCGGCGCCGCCUCGCCGCAGGAGCGCAUCGCCACCGAGGAGGACUUCGAGGAGCUCAUCGACGGCGGCAAGCCCGACGACGAGCCCGACGACGACGCGCCCGCCACGCGCACCGAGACCGCCACCAAGACCGUCGCCGUCAUCAGCCUGUCCACCAAGCAGCCCGCGCUGCAGCAGUACUCGCUCGCGCGCCUGCCCGUGCUCAGCGCCGCCGUGCUGCAGCAGUCCAACAAGAUCCUCGACGAGGUCUCGCAGGCCACCGUCGCCUCCGUGUCCAUCGCCAACCAGACCAUCUCCGUGCCGGUGCUCAAGAGCCUGGCCGUGCCGCUGCACGCCGGCGCGCCCAAGCCCGCGCUCAAGAAGCCGCUCGCGCCCGCGCUGCCCGGCCCCGUCAUCAGCGUCAUCUCCUCCAACGUGCCCAAGCCCUCGCCCGUCAACCCCGUCAUCGUCACCUCCGCCGCCGGCGCGCGCGUGCCCGUCUCCAUCCUCACGCAGCACCAGGUCAAGCAGAAGAUCGUCAAGACCAUCGAGAAGCCCAUGGCGCUGUCGCUCUCCAACACCAAACUCUCGAGCUUGUCCGUCACGCACGACGCGACUCUUCCCGCGAAGAUAUUCCAGGACGAGGCCGCGUCGCCGGACAGCACGGUCCCCCCGGAAAGCAAUACCGAGAAAGAGCUGCAGAGUCAAAUAUCUUCGUCGUCGUCGCACCACAUGCUUUCGAUGUCCUCUCAGGGCACGUCUCACGACCACCGCCCGGCGCCCAUCAUCAAGGAGCCGAACAAGGACAUAGAUAUCGAGACGGAGAUCAGUCAGCAGACGGAGCUUCCCCACACGUUGUGUAUUACUGACCGAACGCCUCUGCUUCUGGGGAAGGCGGAUAUAAAGAGUCCGGACCCGAUUCCCGAGAAGAUACCCGAUAACAUUAUGGAGGGCGACGAUGAAGAUAAGCCCGAGGACAACAUUCAGAGCAAUUUACUGCUCUCCUACAGUAAAAGCAUUACCGAGCAGCAGCAGGCGGCGCAGAAUCCACCGUUGCCGGAGACUAAACCUGAGGAAAACGUUGUCAAAACCAUCAAAGCUAUAGCCAAUCAAGUCAUAGACUCGAAUAUGCAAAUAGCUUCUGACAUUUCGCAGGAGUCGGUUCAGAUAUCUAUACCGUCACCGACUCCAUCGCAGGAGAGAUACCUCAAUGAUAUUACGAUGCAAGAACAUCAGGAGGCCGUGGAAGGAAACUCGAAACACGUCGAGUUUGAAGAUAUGCUCUGUAUGUUUGAAAACAUCACGGAUACAGACACCAAAACGUAUGGAAUGAAGCAAACGAAUCAAAAACCGCCUAACCCUCCCGUGAAUAUACCAGCGAAGAGUGACAAUAAAGAAACUCAGGAGCAAAUGACAUUCCCCAAGAGAGAAACUGAAAGACUAAAUAUACAAUCGGCGACAGUGCCUCAGCUGUCCCCGUUGUCACAACCCGCGGAACUGACGUCUAAUAUGGCUAACGUUUCGCAACAACUUCGUACAAUAAUGUCAUCGCUGAACACCAACAAUUCCAAAGUAGAAUCUCAAACAAUGUCUAUGAUACGUAAAAACAGUGAUGCGACGACUCCUACCCAAGUGAAUUUCGAAAACUUGUUGCCUUCGUCCAAAGUAGAAGUGGCUGCGUCUAGGCCCUCACCAGUUCAAAGAAUAGAAAAGCCUAUGACAUCUCUGCCAUCAUCGGAGAGUAUGCCCAUGAGUGCAGCUCAAGUCAUCGGUUCGCGAGUCAAUACUCUAUCUUCGAUGACUCAGCUUAGAAAAUCGCCGACUGUUUCACCGAUAAAUUCCCCCGUGAGCAUGCAGAAUACGAUGAUGAAAUCUCCUGCGCAGUCUCCGCUAAUAUCAAAUCAAGCUUUCAGCCAACCCGAAGAUAUAAUAACCGUGUCAACUGUGUCUUCGCAAAUAAUACAAAUGCCUGCUUUAUCAAAAAUACACAGUAGCACUCCGCCCUCCAUGAUUCACUCGAGUAAUAAUACGACAAUCACCACGAGCGUCUGUGGUUAUCAAAAGCCGCCUUUGCCGACGAGUAUAUUGGGCCACACGCUGCUUCAGCCGAGUAGACAAAUAAAUACCAAUAAUUUGCCUUUUAGUCAACAGAGUAUAAGCUCUAGUCAGCCCCCGGCACUAGUGAUGACUUCGAGGCCAUUGAUGGGUAAUAAGGAACCGCCGCCUAAUGUUACAGUUAGGACGCAUAUCGCGAGCCCCGGAAUGGGGCAAAUGCAAGCUAAAACGAGCACGGGACCAAUCAAUUUUAUAACGUCGUCAAAAUUAUUACACACACAGCUAACGUCGCCGUUGAAACGAUCCAAGUCGACAGACGAACCUAAAAGUGAAGUUAUCGUCGGCCAUAUUCAGCCUACAAAAAGGCACAGCGUAGAAGCUGUCGUUGUCAAAUCGGAACCCAUGGAGACUGACGAUCCGAAUACGUCUGCCGCAAACACUGACGCGAGUAAAAUUCUACAGCAGAACUCUGCAAACCAAAGAAAUGACGAGUCGCAAAAUGUAUUGCUGAAGCAACUUUUACAAACUACGACUACCGCCGCGAAUGUUGUUCCUCAACGCACCAUGACUAUACAGAGGACGGCGCCCGCGCUAGGCACGAUCCCAUCGCUCGAAGCGCAGCUCGCUAGACCGCCUAUACCUCCACCUACGCUAGCUUUAACACAAGAAGUGGAAAUUCCAAAGAACUCUCCUAGGCAUAUACAUACCACAGUAAAUUCACCGUUCACAUCUCGACCCAUGCAAACAUCGAUACCCACUUCAUCUAUAUCACCGUUGAUGCACACCUCGACGCAAUCUUUGAUGGAUGUUAGAAAACUGCCUAUGAAGAUAAUGACGAAGGAGGAGACUACGCCGCUUCCAGAGAGUUCGCCGACGAUGAAAACACUGCCCAUGUACCCAAUGAGCGUCGAAAAUCAACAGCUUCAACAAGCUAUAAAGAAAGAGAUCGCUCCUCCAAUGCAGAGUCCUGUGCAUAGACCCUUUACUCCGUUAGAUGUUAAAAAAGAACUACUAGAUGAGAGCUCGCAGCAAUCCGCAACCUCUGGCAUUUCAACUGCGUCAGAUCAGGGCAAGUUAGAUCAACCGAUGAAAGAAGAAUUUCCAGAAACCGUUAACAUGGAUCCUUCGUCGGAGGUCAACGCACCUGAAACGCCAUCUGAAGCUAAGAAGCGCAAACGUCGAGAGUACCAACAAAAGAAACGAAAGCAGAUGCAACUGAACAUGAAAGCGGCUGCGGAAAACAAUUUGAACGCGGCCAACGCUAAAAAGAGGCCUCGAAAAGGCUCCAGAUACGAAGAAGAUUAUGACACUUUUAUUGAUAACUUGAUGACUCAGCUGCGCUUACUUCCUCAGAUGCAAAUACAAGAGCCCACUUUGACGACCAACUUCGCAGUGUGCCCACUGUUUGGUUCGGGUGACUUGACUAAACUUAAAAAUAAAGAUUAUGACAUUCUGAAAGGUGACCUUCUGGGGGAGUUUGGUAACGCCAAAAUACCGAAUGUUGCCGAUUAUUACAACACAAAACCUUUCGGGGAUGAGGAACCGCUGCCUGAAAAACAGGCUGCGUCGACACAGAGAGGCUUUUAUGACCAAGAAUUCCAGCCCAUUAUGUUUGAUGACGAUCCAGAAGACAAAAAGCUGGACUUCAUAUGCAAAGAAAGAGACACAGAUACACCUGACAGUAUUGUUAGCUGUUCUAGUCCUGAAUGCCUCGACAUCGAAUCUGCAAAUCGGUUUCCUGGGCUCAAACUUAUCGAAGACGACGAAGAAGACGAUGAUAGUGAUUCUGCUUCGGGUCGCGUGUCUCCUGUGAUACCUCUCAUCGCGCCGGUCCCGAUCAGAAUCAAACCCGUGUCAUUAUAUCAGCUCAAAGAGGAGGAAGAAGUCCAGAAGCCUCUGAAAUGCCUCGAAACGGAAUCUCCUGCCAAACCAAAGAUGGUAGAUUCUCCGGGUAGUACAGAAAGUAAUGAAAACGUCACUGUUACGCUCACUUUAACCUCCGGUGCCGCUGAAGAUAUACUGGGAGUGCUGAAAGAACUCGCCGGAAUAUUACACAUACCUCCGCCUACCGCGUACCAGAUAAUAGAAAGAACUGCCACGCCCCCAUCACAUAAGCUGGGAUUGUACAGAUCAAAGGGAAAAGACGGCAAAGAGGGAACACCAAUCGACAUUCAAAGCAUUCUGAAUGGUGCUGCUAAGUUCUGCCGACACUGCGAUGUCGUAAUUUUAGAUUCAGUCGUCCGAGCAAAGGCAUCCGAAUUCCCUCUAUUGUCGGCUAACAAAGGAAACGCUGGUGAAAUCCUGUGCGACAGCGAUUCCGAGCUAUAUUUCUGCAGCACGCAAUGCUACCAAAGAUUCGCCUGGCGUCCCACCAACAUAAUCCUCGAUGGUAAAUCGAAGACCACCGUCAAAGAGGAUAGGAAGUCUGACGUCGAAACCAAUCUAUCGAAAGACCGCGACGAUUUCGACACCGCGUCUACCGAGAGCAUGGAGACCGACGAUUUGGAUAUCAAGCCUGACAUCAAAGACGAGAAGAUGGAUUUAUCAUUCAUGGAUUCUUUAGACAACGACGAACUGAUGAAGGAAGUGGGCGACGACGUCAGCGCGUUAGACGAGGAUUUGAAGAGCGUGGAACAUGACGAGAAGAGUAACCAGAGCACCGAGCCCGAAAAGUACCGGGGGAUACGAUACAAGGCGUGGUCGCCCGGUUGCAUCGGGCCGCCCGCGAAAUACAAGCGUCCCACCGAUAGGGAGUUGACCGAGCUAGUGUUCAGGACAGGCGUUGCUAUAAUGCCGGUGACUAACGAAGAUACUAGGAAGUGUGAACUGUGCGGUAUACAGGGUGACGGCGUGGCGGACGGAGUGUCGAGGUUACUGAACUGUGACGUAGAUAGAUGGGUGCACUUGAACUGUGCGCUGUGGUCAGAAGGCGUGUACGAGACUGUUAGCGGGGCUCUGAUGAACGUUGAGACUGCUCUUGCUAACGGGUCCACGGCCGCCUGCGCCGUUUGCAGGAGACUGGGCGCGACUGUGAGGUGCUUCAAGGUGCGCUGCGGCAGCGUCUACCAUCUGGGGUGUGCGGUCAAGGACAGCUGUGUUUUCUACAAGAACAAGACUGCCUUCUGCUCUUCCCAUGCACCCAAGAAUGAAAAAGACAACGAGCUGACCACACUAAGCGUCCAACGUCGCGUGUAUGUCUCCCGCGACGAGCAGCGGCAGGUGGCGUCUGUGAUGCUUCACUCCGACACCAACCACCUCAUCCGCGUGGGCGGGCUCAUCUUCCUCAGCCCCGGCCACCUGCUGCCGCACCAGCUGCACGCCUUCCACACGCCCAACUACAUCUACCCUGUGGGGUACAAGAUCGUCCGCUUCUACUGGUCGAUGUGCCGCGCCAACAGCCGCUGCCGCUACCUGUGCUGGAUCUCGGAGGACGAGGGCCGGCCGCGCUUCCACGUGCGCGCGCAGGACGAGCCGCGCACCGAGCGCGCCGCCGCCACGCCGCGCGCCGCCUGGGCCGAGGUUCUGGAUGCAGUAGCGGCGUUACGAGAAAACCGCGGCGAAGACGGAGUGCUGAAGCUGUGGCCCAACUACGUUACGGGAGAAGAUCUAUUCGGCCUCACCGAGCCGGCCGUCGUCAGGGUGCUAGAAAGCUUGCCAGGCAUUGAAACGCUGACGGACUACCGAUUCAAGUUCGGUCGUUCCGCGCUACUCGAAGGCGGUCUCUGCGUGAACCCAUCGGGCUGUGCUCGAAGCGAGCCUCGCUGUAAAGGGGCGUGGCGCCGCGUGACGCGCUCGCUCGUGCCGGCCACGCCCACGCCCGCGCCGCCCUCGCCCUCCGACCACCCCGCCUGCCCCUACUCCAAGCAGUUCGUGCACACCAAGAGCAGCCAGUACAAGAAGAUGAAGCUCGAGUGGCGGAACAACGUGUAUCUGGCCAGGUCUAAAAUCCAAGGGCUCGGACUGUACGCAGCCCGCGACCUCGAGAAGCACACCAUGGUCAUCGAGUAUAUCGGCGAGAUCAUCCGCUCCGAGCUCUCGGAGAUCCGGGAGAAGCAAUACGAAGCCAAGAACCGAGGCAUCUACAUGUUCCGGCUGGACGAGCGGCGCGUGAUCGACGCCACGCUGAGCGGCGGGCUGGCGCGCUACAUCAACCACUCGUGCCAGCCCAACUGCGUGGCCGAGACUGUGGAGGUAGACCGCCACCUCCGCAUCGUCAUCUUCGCCAAGCGACGCAUCGCCAGGGGGGAGGAGCUGGCAUACGACUACAAAUUCGACAUUGAAGACGACGCACACAAGAUUAUGUGCAUGUGCGGAGCGCCCAACUGCCGCAAGUGGAUGAACUAAGCACCAGACCAGCGGGGAGCCAUCUUCCGGGGUCAAACACAGCACUGAACUAUACUCCGAAACCUCAUCUCGCUUUCGUUCGGAACACAAAGAUUAUGAUCCGAAACCCUCGCGACGUUUUUCGUACAACUUCCCAAGUUUCGAACGCCAGCGGGAUAAGGGCCUACAAAGCUAGUGAGCAAGUAUUUUCUUAUGCCAUUCGUUUGUAGAAUAGAAAAGGCUAUGAUACCUAGUUUUACGUACCAAAGUGAUUUUCAACAUGUAAUAUAAGUGGACGAAUAAUUUAGAGCUGACGUGUGAUUAUCUAUCAAUAAGACAAUAUCAAAAGUUUUACUGAUAGUACCCAAUUAACUAUAAUUUUUCUAUUUCUUUUUUAGUAAUCAAUAGAUUUAAGAAAAAUUGAACACAUUUGUAAAUAAUAUCUGAAAUAUAUAAAUCAUUGUUGUUACUGAAUAUUAAUGUUUUAGAUGUGUACGUUUUCAUGUAUACUACAUAGACAUAGUUUUAAUUUAAAGUUUUGAUGUAUUGAAACGCCUUCGUUCUCGCUACUGUUUUCCAUUGACGAUUUUUAUUAAUAUUAUUGAUGUAAUAUAUUUUUCUCUAAAUGAUUUUUAUCUAAGCUACCGUUUCUCCUGAAUUUAUGUAUCGAUACGGUAUGUUAAUAGUAUAUCGCUAUGAAAAUCUCAACAGUGAUGAAAUGUUAGGUUAAGUUACCAAAUAGCUGAGUUUGCAUUUAGUACGCGUAGCACUUACUAUUAGCGUUUGAAACAUAACUUGAUGCCACGUUGUGCCUGAGCCGUUUUGUACGUCUGUAUAGUAUCGUAGGUUAGGUCUACGGAACACCACAGCGCGCCUUCGCUCGACCACGACGAUACACUCCCUAGCUCGUACGACAGCCGCGUGCGAUUUCAUGCUCCGACCGCACACGGAACUCGCUUCGAUAACAUGAUACCUAUAAUCUGUCCAUAUUAAAUCAUUUAUAUUUAUAAACUCAAGUAUAAGUAAUAGUAUAAGACCGAGAAUGAAAUCGUACGCGAUAAAUUAGUUAGUAUAAUAAUUUAUUUAAUAAUGAUAAAAGUAUAUAGUCCCCAAUGUGAUAUUACCUCACAUAGCGUCGCGUGUUACAUGCGUGUCGUGUAGGAGCCAUACGGCGGAGCGGACGGUUCCAGUCGUACCAUGAACCGUCGUAUCAUUGCGUGUAGGACGAAUGUUGUUAAAGGAAUUUAUAAUGAAAAAUGUAAGAAAAAGAAGUAGGAAGCCUGUAAGAUCUGGACGUAGAGAAAUGUAUUAGGUGUUAUGAAAAUGUGUAAUUUGAUAGCACAAGGAAUUUUGUUAUAUUAAUACAGGUUGCCAUCUACCAAUGUUAUGAAUUCAUGCAAUAUUAUAUUUAAUUUUAAGUGUUGAUGUGCAAUAUCAUAGCUGGCAGAUUGUAAAUAACUCAUUUUCAGACACAUUUUAUAGUAAUCGAUCAUUAGUUUUGUAAUGCAAUGUUUCAUUUACGUUAGUUCGUUGCUUUCCUGUUUGAUUUAUUUAUUGAAGCAUUCCCAUACCUUUGCACUAAAACUGACUCAAUAUUAUUUUCACAAAGAGUUUUGACAUGGUGUUGUUUGUAAAAUUAUUACUUAGAAAUUUUCUAUACAUUAGUAUUUUUAUUGCAUUAUUUUCCUAUAAUUAAAAUUUAAUUAGUAUAA